AUGCAAUCCGUGCGACACCCGCAGCCAACUUUCAUCCUCCAACAGACGUCGUCCAGCCUCGCCGCAGAGAAUGGAACCUACACGGGCCUCUCCUCCGCUUCCGGCAGUGCCGGAAGCGAACACAAGGUCUUCUUCGGCCUCACAACAGUCAAGGUGAGUAAGUUCACGUUAAACAAGGCAUGUGGCCUCGUGGACCUCAACCACAAUUUCGAAGCCGUCGCAAACAUCCACCUCCACCUUCUCAUUUCCGUCACCAAUGCAGCGACACUAUUCCUAGACGCGCCCGUCAACGUCAUGGUGAUGGACUACGCCGCACUUACCUGCGACAUCGCCAUUACAACAACAAGCUGA